AUUCCCGAUGUCCACCGUAAUUUGGUUUCAGGAUGUUGUGAAAGGAAGAAUCCAGCUCGUCUUAAGUGAAUUUCAUCUCACGCUGUAAGUUAUUAAUGUGUCUGGAGAAAGUGGAUUGAAAACCUUAGUCGGUCACACGGUGAAUCCUGCUCAGAUUUGGUCCCCUUCUCAGACCCACCCUUUCCUUAAGGGACUACAACAAGAAGUCAAAAAUAUGUUUAGCGUUUGUGCUGUUCGGAUUUACUGUCAAGGUUACCCGCACUGAUGUCAACGCUGAGUUUGAAUCCUGAGAAUAUAACCGUAGAGAUCUUUUCCCUCCGCAAAAAGGCUGAGAUGCUCUCCGCUUUUUACCCCAGUGCCAUGGAUACUGUAACGGCACAGGUGGAGCCACUGACAGGGUGCUUUCUAGUCAUGUGAUCUGGUUCAGAAGAAGCAGCGGCUGCAGAAAUCGGUAAAAUUUUCAUUGCCAGCGUGAGACCAAGCGAAAUAGAAGUGCCAAGCUUAUCCCGAUUUUUGCCGCUGUAGACUGUUGCCUUGCAAUGACUGGAUUAGGGACAAUAUUUGAAGUAAUACAAGAAAGGGCGUAAGAAGGAGACGCCUGCAGUAACAUCACAUAGAAGCAAACGUCUUCAUUCAGUAUCCAGACCAUUAUUAAUUUGUAGGAGAGAUUUUUGCAUGCCUAGUAACAGACCAAUUGCGGUCCCUGUUGCUGUUGCAUGAUUUAGCUGUUUUUUGUACAUACCAAGGCAUUAGUUUGAACUGCAAACCUUACGGGAAAUCACUGCAUUUGGAUACCACGAAGCGCAUGGAAGGAUUGUAUAAUAUUGUCGUCUAAACUUCAGUCAAUUUUAUGGAUUAUCAGAAAUGAUCGGAAUGAAAAAUGUUGAGCAUUUAUUUUGGCCGAAGCAUUACAAGAGGAGCCUUGGGGAAGAUUUUAUUGUUGUAAAAUACAAUUAUUGAACAGCACACUGUUGGAUAUUUGAUACGGAUGAAAACUCGUGGCUGGGACAACACAGUGCGUUGUGAUGCUUCUUAUCUAUGCUCUCUCUGAUGUCAAUUUUGAUUUCUACAGUGAGAUCUGCGCGUUUUUAGAAUGGCUCGCUUCGAAGACGAUCAACGAUAUGGAGGUGGCAGUCCAGCGAGUAGUGGAAGGGGGGCAAUCCGGCAGGGAGGCCCCCCACCCGGCCCAAGGGUGUAUAAGAGUCAGUCAAUGGCCCAAAGAGCCAGGACAAUGGCCAUAUAUAACCCAAUCCCUGUCAAACAAAACUUACUUACUGUCAACCGGUCCCUUUUCAUCUUCAGCGAAGAUAACAUCAUACGGAAAUAUGCAAAGAAAAUAACCGAAUGGCCUCCAUUUGAGUACCUAAUUCUAGCCACCAUCAUCGCCAACUGCAUUGUCCUGGCCUUAGAGCAGCAUUUACCAGCGAGUGACAAGACCCCCAUGUCAGAGCGUCUGGAUGACACAGAACCGUACUUUAUUGGAAUAUUUUGUUUUGAGGCCGGCAUUAAGAUCAUCGCUCUCGGGUUUGCAUUUCACAAAGGCACCUACCUCCGAAAUGGAUGGAAUGUAAUGGAUUUUGUAGUCGUGCUAACCGGGAUUCUUGCCACUGUGGGGGCAGACUUUGAUUUGCGGACGCUCAGAGCAGUGCGUGUUCUCCGACCGCUCAAACUGGUGUCUGGAAUUCCAAGUCUCCAGGUGGUUCUGAAAUCUAUCAUGAAAGCCAUGGUGCCUCUUCUCCAGAUCGGGCUUCUUCUGUUCUUUGCCAUCCUCAUGUUCGCCAUCAUCGGUCUGGACUUCUACAUGGGAAAGUUCCACCGCACAUGCUUCAGGAUCGAUACGGGGGAGCAAGCAGCAGAUUAUCCCUGUGGGACGGAACUUCCUGCCCGGACCUGUCCUAAUGGCACCACGUGUCAGGAAUACUGGAUCGGUCCGAACUAUGGCAUCACCAACUUUGACAACAUCCUAUUCGCUAUUCUCACCGUCUUCCAGUGCAUCACCAUGGAGGGCUGGGUGGAUAUCUUAUAUAAUGCCAAUGAUGCCUCAGGGAACACCUGGAACUGGCUUUACUUCAUCCCCCUCAUCAUCAUCGGCUCCUUCUUCAUGCUUAACCUGGUUCUGGGAGUGCUGUCGGGGGAGUUUGCCAAGGAGCGUGAGCGGGUGGAGAAGAGGCAGGAGUUCCUGAAGCUGCGCCGGCAGCAGCAGAUUGAGCGGGAGCUCACCGGCUACCUGGAGUGGAUUUGCAAGGCAGAGGAAGUCAUGUUGGCUGAAGAGGACAAACAUGCAGAGGAGAAAUCUCUAGAUGGUGCCUGGUACAAAAGAAAGCCCAACAGCUCGGUACUGAAAAGAGUCAAAAAGAGCAAGAAUGACCUGAUCAAUGCUGAGGAGGGGGAGGACCACUUCACCGACAUCUCUUCAGUUGCACCCCAAGGAUCUCCGUUCACCAGGGCCAGCGUGAAGAGCAGCAAGAACGAUAACUCCUCUUACUUCCACCGGAAAGAGAAAAGGGUCCGCUUCUUCAUCCGACGCAUGGUCAAGUCGCAGGGCUUCUACUGGACUGUCCUGUGUCUUGUCGGGCUGAACACACUGUGUGUGGCCAUAGUGCACUACGACCAGCCUGAGUGGCUCACCUAUGCUUUAUAUUUGGCAGAGUUUGUGUUCCUGGGCCUGUUUCUGACAGAGAUGAGUCUGAAGAUGUAUGGACUCGGGCCAAGAACCUAUUGCCAUUCCUCAUUUAACUGCUUUGAUUUUGCGGUUAUUAUAGGAAGCAUUUUCGAGGUGAUCUGGGCUGCUGUGAAACCUGGAGCCUCGUUUGGCAUCAGCGUUCUUCGAGCUCUCCGCUUACUUAGGAUAUUCAAGGUUACAAAGUACUGGAAUUCUUUGCGGAAUCUGGUGGUGUCUCUGCUGAACUCCAUGAAGUCCAUCAUCAGUCUGCUCUUCCUCCUCUUCCUCUUCAUCGUGGUGUUUGCUCUCCUGGGCAUGCAGCUCUUUGGGGGACAGUUUAAUUUUGAGGAAGAGACUCCCACAACCAAUUUUGAUACGUUUCCAGCUGCCAUUCUCACUGUUUUCCAGAUUUUGACAGGAGAGGAUUGGAAUGCAGUGAUGUAUCAUGGGAUAGAGUCCCAGGGCGGAGUCCGGAGGGGAAUGUUUUCCUCCGUGUACUUCAUCAUUUUAACUCUGUUUGGGAACUAUACCCUUCUCAAUGUCUUCUUGGCUAUUGCAGUUGACAACCUUGCAAAUGCACAAGAACUCACAAAGGAUGAAGAGGAGCAAGAGGAGGCCAUCAGUAAGAAACUCCUCCUUCAGAAGGCCAAGGAGGUGAAGGAGGUCAGCCCCAUGUCAGCAGCUAACAUCUCCAUCACAGCUAUUGUAAAGCAAUAUCGAAGUACACUUUCUCGCAGCCCGUCUGUCUCCAGCAUUCAUUCACCGAGUUAUGUCAGCUCUCCCGCCCAUCACUACUUGAGCAGGGAGCAGCUGAGGUCCCAGAAGUUCCAGAUGUCGGUGUGGGACAGGCGCACCACGCAGAUGCGCCGCAACAACCUGCUCUCCAGCAGCGAGGCGCUCUACAGCGAGCUGGACCCCGAGGAGCGCAUGCGCAUCUCCUCCGCCCUCCACAUCCGGCCCGACAUGAAGACCCACAUGGACCGGCCGCUGAUGGUGGAGCACCGCGACGGUCCCGCGGGCCCCCACAACCACGCCGGGGACGCCGCAGGAGGGACAGAGCAGCCUCAGCCGCCGCCGCCGCGUAAGCAUCAUCGGCAUAGAGAGAGGAGGGAGGAGGCCAACGAGAAUGGGGAGACGGGGCAUGGUGGUAGCACCAGGGAGGGAGGGCGGCACCACGUCCACCACAGCCGCAGCAAGGACCACGAGGCCACACGCUGCCGGGAAGGGAAGGGCGACCGCAGCCGGAGCCGGGAGGGCGGCCGGCGUCACCACCACCACCAGAAAUCUGUGGAUGAGGGAGGAGGAGUAACCGGAGAGAGGGAGCAUCACCACCACCACCACUCUCACCGGCAGCAGUCCAGCGAGGGCAACGGGGUGGUCAGCAGCGGGGGCAAGAGCAAGCAGAGGUUACGGCACAGGGAGGGCUCCCGCUCAGGCACCCGCGACGGGGACCGGUGCUCGAGGGGAGAGAAUGGAGCCAACGGGGAGAGGGGCAGGCACAGGCCACGCAACGGCACGGCUCAGACCACCGCGGACGGAGAGGAGGGCAGAGAGAAUGGCGAAAGAGAGGGAGACAGGACUCACAGGCACGGGGACAGGCUCACAGAUGUGGAGGGUGACUCAGUGGGGGGUCCUGGCAUCUCCCUCCCCGUCACCAUCACCUCACCGCCAGGGGAAACCAUCCUCAUUCCAAUGAACAGUGUAGACAGUGAGACCAUGCCAAUGACGGACGAGAAGAGGAUCUUGGACGACCUGAACCAAACCAACGCCCGGCCUAUCCUCCCCUACAGCUCCAUGUUUGUGUUCAGCCAGACUAACCCAGUCAGGCGACUGUGCCAUUAUAUGGUGAGUCUGCGCUACUUUGAGAUGUGCAUCUUGGUUGUUAUUGCCAUGAGUAGCAUAGCCCUCGCAGCUGAAGACCCUGUCCAGGCCAAUGCCCCCCGCAACAACGUGCUAAAAUAUAUGGAUUAUGUCUUUACGGGGGUUUUUACAUUUGAGAUGGUGAUUAAGAUGGUUGAUCUUGGAUUGAUACUUCACCCUGGCGCUUACUUUCGGGAUCUGUGGAACAUUCUGGACUUCAUUGUGGUCAGUGGAGCACUGGUUGCAUUUGCCUUCUCAGGCACCAAAGGGAAGGAUAUCAGCACCAUUAAAUCCUUGAGGGUGUUGCGAGUGUUGCGGCCUCUGAAGACCAUCAAACGCCUCCCUAAGCUCAAGGCUGUGUUCGACUGUGUGGUGAACUCCCUCAAGAACGUGCUGAACAUUCUUAUCGUCUACAUCCUCUUCAUGUUCAUCUUCGCCGUCAUCGCUGUGCAACUCUUCAAGGGCAAGUUCUUCUACUGCACGGAUGAGUCUAAAGGCCUGGAGAAGGACUGCAGGGGCCAGUUUUUGGACUAUGAUCAGGAUGAGGUCUCUGCCCAGCCUCGGGAGUGGAGGAAGUAUGAGUUUCAUUACGAUAACGUCCUCUGGGCUUUCCUCACGCUCUUCACCGUCUCCACAGGGGAGGGUUGGCCCACGGUCUUGAAGCACUCAGUGGAUGCCACAUUUGAGGAUGAGGGCCCCAAUCCAGGCUACAGGAUUGAGAUGGCCAUCUUUUACGUGGUCUACUUUGUCGUGUUCCCCUUUUUCUUUGUCAACAUCUUUGUGGCCUUGAUCAUCAUCACCUUCCAGGAACAGGGUGAUAAAGCUUUGUCAGAGUGCAGUUUGGAGAAGAAUGAGAGAGCUUGUAUUGACUUUGCCAUCAAUGCAAAGCCGCUGACACGCUACAUGCCCCAGAACCAGAAGUCCUUUCAGUAUAAGAUGUGGAGGUUUGUGGUUUCGCCCCCCUUCGAGUACUCAAUCAUGAUCAUGAUCGCAGUCAACACUGUGGUACUCAUGAUGAAGUUUCAUGGAGCACCAGACUUUUAUGAGGCCAUGCUCAAGUACCUGAACAUCCUCUUCACUGCCCUCUUCACCCUUGAGUGCAUCCUCAAGGUUAUUGCCUUUGGUCCUUUGAAUUACCUGAAGGAUCCCUGGAAUGUCUUUGACUUUGUGACUGUAAUUGGGAGCAUCACUGACAUCCUGGUCACCGAGAUCAAUACCACGGACCGUCUGUUGAACCUGAGCUUUCUGAGGCUCUUCAGGGCGGCCCGUCUCAUCAAGCUGCUCCGGCAGGGCUACACCAUCCGCAUCCUGCUCUGGACCUUUGUGCAGUCCUUUAAGGCGCUGCCUUAUGUUUGCCUUCUGAUCGCCAUGCUGUUCUUCAUCUACGCCAUCAUUGGAAUGCAGGUUUUUGGGAACAUUGACCUCAAUGAGGACACCGCUAUCAACCACCAUAACAACUUCCGCACCUUCCUGCAGGCUCUGAUGCUCCUCUUCAGGAGUGCCACAGGUGAGGCCUGGCACGAGAUCAUGCUGUCCUGUUUGAGUCACCGCGCCUGCGAUGAGAGGUCAGGCAACACCGGCAAGGAGUGCGGCAGCGACUUCGCCUACUUCUACUUCGUCUCCUUCAUCUUCCUCUGCUCUUUCUUGAUGCUGAAUUUAUUUGUGGCAGUCAUCAUGGAUAACUUUGAGUACCUCACCAGAGACUCCUCCAUCCUGGGGCCCCAUCACCUUGAUGAGUUCAUUCGGGUUUGGGCUGAGUACGACCCGGCUGCCUGCGGCCGUAUCAAGUACCGUGAUAUGUAUGAGAUGCUGCUCCACAUGUCCCCACCCUUAGGUUUGGGGAAGAAAUGUCCGCCGAGAAUCGCCUACAAGCGUCUGGUGAAGAUGAACAUGCCCAUAGCGGACGACAACACUGUCCACUUCACAUCCACCCUCAUGGCCCUCAUACGCACCGCCCUGGAGAUCCACCUGGCAUCAGGGAUGGUAGCCCAGCGGCUAAGCGACGCCGUGCUGCUGAAAGAGCUGACAACUGUAUGGCCUAACCUAUCACAGAAAACCAUGGACUUGCUGGUGACUCCACACAAACCCAAUGAACUGACGGUGGGAAAGGUGUACGCCGCCUUGAUGAUCUUUGACUACUUGAAGCAGACCCGAGCCCAGAGGCGUCAGAUGCAGCAGCAAAAGCAGAAGGAGGAGGCUGCCGCUGCCGGAAAUCAGGUGAGGCACCCCACCCAGCCCUGACAAACACCACCCCUCCCCCACACCCAUGGAGUGUCUGAAUGUGUUUUUCUGUCUGUGCAGAGAGAAGUGGAGGACGUGGUUGUGAACAGCGUGGACUGUCCCACCGAGCCUCCAGCCCUGGCCAGGCCCAGCUCCACUACACUCAACAACGGCGGCCCACAGCAAAGCCAUGAUGGCAACAUUAGAGGAUCCUCUUCGUGGGCUUCUGAAAAGUCUCGAGAGGUCGAGAGGCCGACUAAACGGACAAUCCAUAAGGAACCCUCGGACGGUACUGCAGAUCCAGCCACUGCCCAGGAGUCAGUAGAGAUGAGAAAGAUGGAACACGGUGCCAACCCUUGUCUGGAGGGCCAGGGGAGGGCUGUGUCCAUGCCCAAACUCAAUGCUGAGAUGCAGGUACUGUGCUGGGAAUCGUUGUCUGCAUUCAUAAUAAAGACUUAUAUGGUUUCAAUACAAAUUUCAAAUCUUUUUUACAUGUACUUUGUACUUGUGCUGUGUGUUAUAUUCCAUUAUAUUUAUGAUAUAUUGCCAAGUGUUGAAACACUCAAGAGGAGCCAUUCGCGACACUCUCCAGGGACGCUUCUUGCUCCAAUUCCUGAUUCCAGCCCUAUGAAGCGCUCGGUGUCCACCGCUGCACCCCAGCGCCCCCAGGAGGUCAACCUGCACGACUACACCCUGGAGAGGCCCGCGCAGGAGAGGCCUCAUUACCACCACCAUCACCACCGCUGCCACCACCGCAAGGACCGCGACAAGAAGCAGAGGUCACUGGAAAGGUCGCCCAGCGGCCAGCCGCCCAACAACCUGGGCACCACAGGCGAGCCCCCGGGGGACCCCUCAACCCGGGAGAGGGGCCACGACCGGGGCCGCUCGCACGAGAGGAAGCCCCACUCGUCCUCCGGCGACAAGCAACGAUAUUACUCUUGUGACCGCUACGGCAGCAGGGAUCACUGUGCCGCCGCCGCCGCCACCACCGCCAAAUCCACCACUGCCAGCUGUGCCACCUCCCCCAGUGAGGCCCAUGAGCCUGGCCUCAACAAGCAGGUGGGAUGGGGGGGCAGUGGUUGGGUUAAGGGAAGCCCGGUGAUGUCCACCUCGGGGGCUAGCACCCCCAGUCGCGGCCGCAGGCAGCUGCCCCAGAUCCCCCUGACCCCCCGUCCCGGUGUGGCCUACAGGACUGCCAACUCCUCCCCCGUGUUCUUUGUCGUUGGCGCUCAGGCCGGUGUCACCGCGAGCCCCUGCCGGCUGAGCCGCGGGCAGUCCGAGCACAACGCCCUCCUGCACAGCGGCCGCGACUCGCCGACCCCCUUUGUGCGCAUCUGCUCUGAGCCGUUCCUGGGCCCGGCCGAGUCGUAUGGCGCAGCAGCAGCGCCGCAGCGGUACCCCUUCAGCUUCCGGGACGAGGUGGCCGCUCUCCAGGAGGUGCCAUCGGGCCUUCCACGCACCGUCAUUGGACACCCCUCUCCGCCCCGGACCCCCGGGGCCCACACAGGGCCUCUUCCGCCCCCACUGCCACCCCAGCUGUUCCGCGGGGUGCCCAAUGGGUACCACUUCAGCACGGGCGUCCCCGGUGGUGGCCAAAUCUCCGGCCCCAGGGUGCCCAGGUACUACCUGGAGGCCGGGGAGGACGAAUGGUGCUAGCAUGGCUUUACCACAUAAGGAGUGUUGCAGAUGUAUUUUGUUGAGGAAAUUUGAUGAGUUUUAUCAUCUUGCUCCAAGGGUUAGUAGUUUAUACUGUUGUUGUUGUUGUUGUUGUUGUUGUUGUGUGUGUGUGUGUGUGUGUGUGUGUGUAUGUGUGUGUAUGCAUCUGCUUUCAACCAAGUUUGCUGAGGGGUGAAGGCGAAGGCUACCAAAGCAGAAUAUGUAAAGAUGAACUGAAAAAGUCAAUUUAUUUGUGAUGACUCGAGUUGACCUGAAAAUGAUUUUAAUGUUUUUGUUGAAACAAACAUAUAGUCUAGCACAUGAACAAUUGGCCUGGAAAGGUUUGUCACGAGGAAGGCAGUGGAAUCUCUAGGUGGUGUUGUAACACAGUGGGCUACCUCGUUGUUGCCCUUUGUGGGAGACACCUCAGCACUCAGCUCUGCCAUCUCAAGAAGGGAGACGUCCACUGACGUCCCUAAUCCUGACCAUUGGACAGGGAGACAAAAAGCACUGCUGCGAGUUGCGAGGAGAUAAGCGUUUAGCUUUUGAUUCCCACAGUGAAAUUGCACAACAGCUGUGUUCUGUACUCAUCUCUUCUCUUUAAUAUUUGACCAUGCCUUUGUGGAAGUUACAUAAUCUUCUGGAUGAUAUAUACACACGUGUUACAACACAACCAGGUUUCUUUUUAACAGGCAGUGAAGAUGUUUUUUUGUUUGUUUUUGCUGCUGUUGACCAUUCCUUGCACAAAUGUGUGAAAAGGGGAGAGAGAUCUGGAUUAUAAAAUUAGUUUUCUUUUUUUACAAUUCACUGUUGUGCAUCUUUUACCUAUUCAUUAUGUGCUUUUUGUAUAUUGUUAAAAAAAACGUGUUUUACGUAAAUUGCUUACAGUUCAACCAUUUGUCAGGUCAAAUGUUUCUUAAAGACUGCUUCAGAUAUUAUUACGAAGUGCCUAACCUUUUAAAUAUAUUGUAGAAAUGAUGCAACUUCAAACUUUUUAUAGCGCAUCAACACUUGAGAGGGAGAAAGAGAGAGCUGGAAAAGACAAAAAUAGAAGUACAAGUUGGUGUAGAAGAAGGCCUUAUUUGGCAGCAAAAAUGGUACUGUAGGUUUGGGAAUGGGGGAAUGUUUUCGAAUGGAAAUGACAGUAUGGUUGCUUUUUUUGGGCUGAUAUUUUUUCUAACUUUUAGUACAACUGAAUUGAGGAAAUAUGUAGUUCAGAAACAUCUGUUAAUACUGCAGUAGUUCUAUACUAGUCCACGUGGGACUACAUAGUCAGAGUUACACACUUGCAUGUUUAAAUCUUGAACUUGGUUGAAAGAGGUCGUAAACACGUAAUGAAGGUGUACCUUUUUUUUUCUUCUGGUAAGUCAGGACUCUAUCGAGAACGCAUUGCUAGCUAUUGCCUUCAAUUUCUAUGUUAUGUUUGCAGAACAGGAGACAGAGAAUGGAAUUUUGCAGAGGUAAGAAGAAGAAAAAAAAGCCAGUGUGCAUUUGCCAACACUGUGCUGCGCUGUGAGACAGAUACACAGACCCAUGAUGAAAGUAUGUGAGGAGUCAAGGGCCUGGCAACAGUACAGUGGAUCCCUCUGUAGCAUCCCCGCCCCCAACUCCCCAACACACACACACACACACACACACACACACACACACACACAC